AUGGACCCGAAACCCACUGCUCCGUUCACGAACGUCGCGCCCAAACUGUCGCGGCACUCGCACCGGAGUUCCAACUCUCAGUCCCGGUCGUCGCUCCACUCGCCACGAAGCUCCGGCUCUUCCCCGGACUUGAACUCUGGCGCCGGCAGCAAGACCGCGUCUCAGAGAGGCGAUGCGACGCCGGGUAGGAAGCGCCCACUUCGCGGCACGCGGCACUGGAGGCACGUACACAGGCCUCACUCUCCCGCGGCCUCUCCGAGCCUUACCAAGUCACCGCUGGCCGCGUCACUGUCGUCCACGUCGGCACCCGCGGUCGUGCAGACACCGCCGUUCCCGAAGAAGGACGAACGUGCCGGGAAAUCGACGCCCGGCCGCUCCGGCCUAAGCAGUGCGGCACACACGAUGAGUUCACUCUUGCGCAAACAACAAGCAGCGACUCCGAGAAUCGUGCCAGUGCUGGCCGUGUCCGCGGUCCUGGCGUGCACUCUGGCAGUCUACUUCUUGUACCGCACCACGCUGUCGGGAGCAUCCAAAAGCCAAGCGUCGCUGGCGAGCCACGUGUGCGUCGCGGCCGAAUGCGAGGAGCACGCUUCUUUCUUCCGUCGCAACCUGUACACCCGAGCGGACCCGUGCGUGGACCUGGACGCCCACGUCUGCUCCCACUGGGCACCCUCCAGCGCCCUGGCUUCGCACCUCACUCGAGACAUGGCCCUGGCCUGGACGCUGAGGGUCACGGAUUCGCUCGUUGCGGACAAUGUGUCUGACGACGCUUCGUACUCGCAAGGCACGUGGGUCACUGAACGCAAGGUCAUAUCGGCGUUCCUGCGCAAGUGCGUCGCUCAGAAGGACGACAACCCGGACAGCCUUCGCAGCGUACGUGAGUUUGCGUCCGAACUCGGCAUUCCAUGGCCCUACGUGGUGAACGAUUCUGCGGUGCAGCGCACUAACCCUUUCGAAGUGCUCAUCCGCCUCGACGUGCUCUUGGGUCUGCAGCUAUGGUGUCAGGAGCUGAUGAGAGGCUCCACCGCUUCAAUCCGGCCCUUGAGAAAACUACGGUGGAAGUUCAGCAGCCCCAAAAAAGCUUGCAGCUACUUCGUGCAAACGGCUGUGUUGAAACAACUGCGUGAAAAACCGAUACCACCCAUGCUGGUGAUAAGCAGGACCGACACGGCCUCCGUCUGGUUGGACUUGGUCGACGCGCUCGACAGGAACCAAGGACGUGUCGCGUACUACCAAAACAUCAACAGCCUCUACGGCGUGCCCUUGCCAAACGCAUCGACCAUGACCAGGCACCUCAAGAUGGAACGGGAUGUGCUGACCGCUCUAGCGACGGUCGUGAACGAGACGAACCGCGAAGCGGUUGACACGACGCUGGACCGCAUUGAAUUGGCCUUCACCCACUUGGGCGACAUCCCGCUGGCAAAGUUCAUGCUGUCCUUCUUCAACGCCUCGGGGAUCCACGAGCGUAGCCGGGUUUACAUCGACAGCCGUCGCUUCGUUGUGGCCGUUGACGAACUGCUGGGCAAGUAUGGCCGGGGCCCGCUCAUGGAGCAUAUCGCCUGGUGGUUCACCCAGCUAUGCGCCGUGAUGGCAUCGAACAAGGCCCGCAUGCUGAUCACAGGGAAUGAGGCGGGAUCGAGAACCGUGAAGAAAACGUGGUGCUUCUACUUGGCUUCGGCCUGGUUCGGUCCUACGCUCUAUAGCAUCAUCUCGCACUUUACCCCGGCCGAGGAGAGGCGCACCGUGGACGACUUCGAGCGUAGUCUGCUCGGACACGUCAACCGCGCCGUAAAGAACAUGUCGUGGACCGACGAGACGACGCGACGCGCCAUGAUCCGAAGGCUUAAUGAAAUGAGAGUGGACAACUGGCAGGGGGACGCGAAUGCGACUUCUUCUCUGCUGCGGGAGGAAACCGAAGCCUUGACGCCUGAAGAUUGGUCCAAUACCACUGAGGAAUUCCUAGACAUCCUGAUUGCCAAGAUGUCAGAGCGACUUUCGAAGCACGCGCAAUCGCGGCGGCCUUACGAGGGCAAGCGCUGGCUGCAGAAGCCGUAUGACGGACUACGCUACGCCUACCUGAGCAACACGCUGGUCGUGAUGCAGGCCACGACCGCCAGUCCGCUGUUCUACCCUAGCUACGCCAGAGGCGGUGUUCUGAGCGCUGCGAGCUUCGGAGGCCUAGCCACUGCCUUCCUGGAAACCGCGCUGCGGAUGUUCGACAGACAAGGCAUUCGUAUUGACGAAGGUCAGGCGAGGGCCUGGAUGAGCGCACGCGCCGAGCGUCAGCUGUUCCGCAGGCUCCGUGGAAGCAGCGGUAUCGGCGAGAACAUGCUGCAAGCGGGCAGCCUGCAAGUCGCCUGGCAAGCCUACAAGAGUGCCUCGCCUAGUGACUCGCCGCUAGGUGGGGCGCUGGACAUAGCCGACUCGCACGGCAAGACCCAGCGCUACACGGCGGACCAGCUGUUUUUCCUGACCUAUUGCCGCCGCUUCUGCAACAAGCAGACGAGCUGCAACUCGGCGGCGCGCAGCCUUGCCGACUUCGGGUCCGUCUUCGGCUGCGCCAAGAGACGUCCAGAGGAAGACGACCUUAGUCAAUACCGUUUUUUCGCUUAG